UUUUUUUUCUCUGCAUGCCGUUUCGGCUACGGAAUCUCGACGGUCGUUAGUCCACCGUGAAAGAAAAUAACGGCAUUCGAUCGAAUCCCUCGGCCGGAGCGAAUGGAAGGGAAAACGGACACGGAAGCGUCGACGGGAUCGGUCGCUUCCAAGACGGAAGAGAGCGAGAAAAGGCCGGGGAUGUCCGACGACGACACCACGGAAUCGCGGUGGAAAUCCGCGCAGAGCCAGCAGCGAGAUUUCGUGUCCGCCGUUAAGAAUUUCGUGUCGGACGAAUUCCCUCGGAGCCGGAGGAAGUCCGAUGCCGCUCGUCAGAGACACAUGAUGGAACUUUACGGGAUCGACUUGAGGCGAGGGAGCCGUUUCAGCACGAAGCGAAUGAGGAAGCGAGUGAUCUUGAAGAACGGGGACUGCAACGUGGUGCAGGAGAAUCUGUCCAAGAGAAGAACCCGCUUCCUAGCCGACAUCUUCACGACGCUGGUGGAUGCCCAAUGGCGAUGGACUCUUCUCGUCUUCUCUUGCUCCUUCCUCCUUUCCUGGUUGCUCUUCGCCUGCAUCUGGUACCUCAUUGCGUUCACCCACGGGGACCUGGAACCUCAUCAUCUCCCCCCUCUACAGGAGGCUUCUGAGUGGACUCCCUGCAUCGUCCAGAUCUACAGCUUCACUUCCUGCUUUCUCUUCAGCGUGGAGACCCAGCACACCAUCGGCUAUGGGUUUCGAUACACCACGGAACGAUGCCCCGAGGCCAUAUUCAUCAUGUGCAUGCAGAGCAUCGCCGGAGUCAUGAUUCAGGCCUUCAUGGUCGGGAUCGUGUUCGCCAAACUUAGCCGACCGAAAAAACGGACCCAGACGUUGCUUUUCUCCCGAAAUGCCGUCAUCUGUCAACGGGAUGGAAAACUCAUACUCAUGGUACGGGUCGGAGAUAUGAGGCGGUCUCACAUCAUCGAAGCUCAUGUAAGAGCUCAGCUCAUUCGACGAAGGGUCACGCGGGAGGGCGAGGUGAUCCCCUUUCAGCAAUACGAACUGAACGUGGGCUACGACGUAGGCGAGGAUCGGCUUUUUUUCAUCUGGCCUAUGACGAUCACGCACACGAUCGACGAGAAUAGUCCACUCUAUAAACUUUCUGCUUCCGACCUCCUUCGAGAAAGGUUCGAACUGGUGGUCAUCUUGGAAGGGGUCAUCGAGUCUACGGGGAUGACUACCCAGGCCAGGUCAUCCUAUCUCCCGAACGAGAUACUUUGGGGUCACAGGUUCGAGCCGUUGGUAUCGUUCAACAAGGAGGUGGGUGCAUAUGCAGUGGAUUACAGUCAGUUUAACAGCACUUACGAGGUCGACACUCCCCUAUGCUCUAUGAAGGAACUGGACAACUUCAAUCGCCUCCACGGCAACGAUAAAGACAAAGACUCCGACCAGGAUCCGAGAGGAUCUCCACCCAUCGUGACCUUCGUGACUCGAAACGAGGUGACAAAGACGUCCAGUCUGAGGGAUCUGACGGAUCCCCAUGCUCACUUCGCGGAUGCCAUCCCUUCGAGCCAAAACCAUUUCAACUGCUGA